AUGAACCUGGAUGGACUUGAGAUAAUAGCAGUUAUGGUGGUUUUAGUUCUCUUUAUAAAGGUUCUCGAACAGUUUGGGCUAUUUGAACCAGUCGGCGUAGAAGAUAGUGUUGAAGAUGAAUUUGAGCUCGCUACAGUUUGUCAUCGCCCCGAAGGGUUGGAACAGUUACAAGAACAAAGCAAAUUCACUAAAAGAGAACUUCAGGUUCUUUAUAGAGGCUUUAAAAAUGAAUGUCCAAGUGGCAUUGUUAAUGAAGACAAUUUCAAACAGAUUUACUCCCAGUUUUUUCCUCAAGGAGACUCCAGCAUGUACGCACAUUUUCUAUUCAAUGCAUUUGACACGGACCAUAAUGGAUCUGUCAGCUUUGAGGAUUAUCUGUUAUUCUACGAGGGAGGUAUAGAUGACAAACUCAAUUGGGCCUUCAACUUGUAUGACCUAAACAAAGAUGGCUGCAUCACUAAGCAGGAAAUGAUGGACAUCAUGAAAUCUAUUUAUGAUAUGAUGGGGAAAUACACCUACCCAAAUAUGCAUGAAGAUGCCCCAAGAGAGCAUGUGGAAAACUUUUUUCAGAAAAUGGACAAAAAUCAGGAUGGUGUGGUUACAAUUGAAGAGUUCAUUGAAUCUUGUCAGAAGUUAGAGGGAAUUAUGAACAGUUCCAAAUACCAGUCAGAUGAAAACAUCAUGAGAUCCAUGCAGUUAUUUGACAAUGUCAUUUAG